CAGCGCCACAAAUACAAACAUUCACUUUGUUCACAAGCCAUGUGCGAAACGGCGCCAACUUUCCCUUCUUUCCCCAGUUUUAUCAGGGACUUUUUCCCCGGAGGGUAUCUCACCUUUUCUGACAACUUCUUCUGAGCUCUUCAGCUUGUGUAACAACAACCUGGAACUGAAAGCACCAUGGAAGUCCUGCUUGGCCAGGUCACCAAGCAGGCGAUGAAUUAUGCCAUCCGCACCGGCAUCACCAUCACCAGCACCUACGCCAUCCGGCAAUGCGGACGCCUGCUCAGGACCGUGGAUGGCCAAGAACGGCAAGAGCUCGCCGCUCUACAGCUCCGGCUCGAGGGAAAGAUUAGGAUCAUUUCCCCGGCCAUCGACAUGAUCGAACUCAUUGCGGCACGUGGAAACACAUCGCUAGAGUCUGCUGUGGCGCUGACCAAGUCGCUCCGUUGGGAGAUCCAAUCCCUGGGCACUCGUCUGGAGAGGGCGGUUGGCGAAGGUAAAGUUGCGAGGAAGAGUGGUGGCUCGAAGAGCUCGCGGGCGCAGAACGAGCUGGAAGUCAAACUCAUCAUUGCGGAUAUCAAGAAAUUGCUCGAGCGCAUCGAGGAUGCUGUUCCCCUGAUCAACCUGGCUAUUACGACCUCGGGCGUCAACCUUUCCACUACUCUACCUUCCACUGUGUCGCCAUCUCGUCUCCUGCAAGCGAGCACCUUCCUGACGGCUGGUGAUAUGCAGUACUGUAGCUCGCUCCCGAGAGCUCAACAGAUCGGACCCGUCUUCACGCUGACCAUGUACAUGCUCUUCUCCGGACAUGCAUAUCGCCCGCACGAUGAAGAAGGCAUCAGGGAAACGACGUGGAAGGAAGUCAUGCACAAGGCAAGAGUCAAGCUCAUACGAGUACCGCUCGACAACGUCUACGACUACCCGACCCCAUUCGGAGGCGACACGAGGCCGGCCGACGAAGCGCAACACGAGCACAUACCGUCGGAAAGCAAGCUGCACGAAUUCGCGUACCAACUUCUGGUGGUGGAGGACCUCGCGGAUGACCGCGUGCACACGUUCGAGGAAGAUGAGCCCCAGCCUACGGCGUAUGAGGGUGUGGAUAUGGCUGGCAUACGCGAAAUAAUCCCGAUCCACGAGAUAUCCAAAAUCUUCUAUGCGGACACGGGCAAGAUCCUCAAUAUCGGCACCGAGGGAGAGACGAACAAUCCCAUCCUCCUGCUGAAACGAGACGUCAACGCUGUGCCACCUCGCCGCAUGAUGGAGCGUAGCACGGUGGAGACACAAUACGAGUCCGAUGAUUCGCAAACUGCCGGCGCAUCUGACGAAGAUGACGAGCAAUCUGCGCUAGACGAGCAACUCCGUCGAGAGUCGACUGCCGAGGAGCCACUGGCAACUCAGGAAGAAAGACAAGAUGCACAUCCCUGGCGACUCCCGCCAAACCUGGACCUAGAAUGGAUGGCGUUCGAAGUAUACACCGAAGACCCCUCGUCCGCCUCGGAAGCCGAAGAAGAAUCCGAAGUCGACCUUCCGUCCUCCUCCUCGACAACCCAACGGACCGGCUCUAUCCCACCAUCAUUAACGAACUCGCUCUCGAAUAUCCACCUCCGCGGCACCCCGUCUCCCUCGUCCUCGCCCCAACAUAACCAACAACUGAUUCCCUCUCCCGAAAAGCGAACCCUAUCCACCACGACCCAUGACUCUUCCUACCCACCCAUCACCCUGCCUCCGAUCCGCACCUCGCUCUCCCUCCUCGAGAUGCUGGUCCGCCUCACGGCGCUCCAGCAGUUCCAACAAUCGUCGCACCUUGCCAUACCGGACGAACUGCUCACCUUCUUCCUGUCGGAAAGCAGCACUGUGGGAGCAGGCGGGGACGCGGAGCUGCGGAAGAGGGUCAGACGCGAGGCCCGCAUGAGGGUCGGGUUCGAUCCGUACGACGAGAGUCCGAUUAAGCGGAGAGGCGAGGAGUGGUUGGAGCAUGAGUUUCAUGAUCAUGAUGGUGGUGGUGGAGGUGCUGCUUCGCCCGGUGCCGUGGUCAAUGGAGAAGCCAGGUCCCGCUUCGACUACGACAGUUUCCCGCACGGCAAGACAUCGUCGUCGGCUUCGCCCUCGCCGUUGCGGUCGAAGGCUAGAUCGGGCGCCUCGACGCCGCUUCGCUCGUCGUACUCUGCGUCCACGUCCACGUCGCCGUAUGCGUAUGCGUAUCCGCCUUCUUCGCCGCUCGCGGGUGUUGGUAGGCGCAGCAAGUCGACUCCGGUAGGGGGUGCGGAUGUACCGCUGCCGUCGAGUGAGGGCGGGAAUAAUACUGGGACUGGGAAGGCGAAUGGGAACGGGAAUGGGAAUGGGAAUUCCGGUCGUCCUGGUCUCCCACACGUUUCUUCGUCGUCGGCUUCGGCGUCGGCGAGUUCACUGCUUAGGAAGGUUACGGCCCAGCCUCGUUAGCGUAGUUGGGCUCAGGCGAAGGGUCAAACAGCACGGGUCUGGAGAACGGUUGGACCAGUGGAUUGAGCCAAAGGGGAGGGCAGGAUUCGCGGACUGCGUUCGCCGAGGGAAGUGGUAGUGAAGUGGUAGUGGUAGUGGUGUGUGUCAUGAACGGGGAGCCUUUCGAUAUGCCAUGUUUUCUAUCUGGAGCAUAUGAUGGAUGAGAUAUGCGAUACCUAGGUAUGAGAUAUGGUCCAGCAUCAUCAGGUGCUCGAGACGAAAGCAAGCAAGAUACCAUUUUCAAUGAAAAUAAAUGAUAC